AUCAGCAUAAGCCCCCAGCAGACACACUCACAGAGCCCGGUUCAGUCACGAUGUCAUCAUUAGCGUGUGGAAGUCAAGUCACCUGGAUAAUGUCAUGUUAUCGGCCAAAGACUUACUGAUAAAUGAAUCCAGCAGCUCAGCAUGCGAUCCAGGUAGUAGACCAUGGAGAGCCAAGACGAUAGACCCAAGGAGCCAACAUCCAAAGGCUCCGCAAAGCAGCAAAAGGAAACGACAGGAGAGUCUUUGAGGAAGAGGAAUGCCGACGUCCAACGAGAAACGGAGGACAGAGAGUUGGAGCCCAAAAGUGGAAAAAUCAACUUGUCCAAGAGGGAUUUGCUCCAGCUUCUGGGAAUCAUGGAAGGUGAAGUUCAGGCCCGAGAGGACUUCAUCAAUCUGAUGAGUUCUGCGACAAGUGGCCCAGAGAAGCUGGAGUCCCGUUAUGGAUGGCCUGUUCCCGCCAAAGUGCAGUGGGCCCUGCAAAGGGACGACGGUGUGUUUGCCCGCCGCGGCUGCCUCGCGGACGACGUGUACAAGACACCCAUGGCCCAGCUGGAGCGUCUGGAGGACAAGCAGAGGGAGACGUACCGCCGGAUGCUGGAGCAGCUUCUGCUGGCCGAGAAAUGUCACCACCGCACCGUGAUGGAGCUGGACAGCGAGAAGAGCAAACACGCCGACUUCAUCAAUAAGAGCGACGACUUCACCAACCUGCUGGAGCAGGAGAGGGAGCGACUGAAACAACUGUUGGAGCAGAAGGAGGCCCACCAGGCCCAGAAGGACAAGGAGCACAGCAGGCAGCUGGAGAAGCUCCAAGUCCAGUUGCUCAAGCUCAAAUCCUUUGCCCUCAUGCUGGUGGAUGAACGAGAGACGCACGCUGAGCGACUGGACCUGCAGAGCCAGAAGGUCCGGGAGCUCGCUCAGCAGUUGAGGGACAAAGAGCAGCGUCUGGCGGAUGUCACCGACGUGGCAAACCGGGAUGGCCUCAAGGUCUUCGAAAUGGAGGAGGAGCUGGAGCACAGGACGGCCACUUCCAAACUAGAGCAAGAGGCGAUGACGGCCAAACUGUCCGACCAAGAGUCCCAAAGCCAACAGCUGAGGCUGAAGCUCGACCAACUGGCCAACCGGAUGGAAGAGCUGCAGAAGAGCAACAGGCAGCGAUCGGACGAGGACCUUCAGAGGGAUGAGUGCCGAGACUCCUCCCCCGCGGCUGAGCUGGAAAUCCUGCGGAAGAAAGUGCUCGAGCUGGAAGGUCAGCAUGAGGAGAUCAGCGAGCGCAGGGAGCUGGCAAUGAGGCUGCGACACGAGGAGAACAUCAGCAAGGAACUGAGGCUGGAGGUGGACAAGCUGCAGAGGAGAAUGGCUGACAUGGAAAAACUCGAAGAGGCUUUUGGCACAAGUCGGAUGGAAUGUUUGCAACUCUGCGCCAAGCUGGAGAAAGAAAAACAAGUCGCAAGCGAUCUGGAAGGUGACCUGGAGAAGCUCAAGAGACGACUCAAAGGAUUGGAGUCCCUGGAGGCAAAGCUGGAGAGGGCAGAGAUCAUCCUCAAAGAUGAUCUCGCCAAGCUCAAGUCCCUCACUGUCAUUCUGGUGGAUGAAAGGAAGAACAUGGCCAAGAGACUGAAACAAGAAGAAGAGCAAAGAGAAGCGCUGAGUUGCAAGUUGAAAGCUGAAGAAUGUAAGGUGAGUCAAGUCACAGAGAAGCUGAUCGACGAGAGCAAAAACGUCCUCAGAUUGAAAUCCGAGGCGGAGGUCAAAGUGACCAGAGUAAGUGAAGAAAACGAGCACUUGAAAUGUCAACUUAGGACGGAGCGGGAGCGAUGUUGCCAGCUCAAUACCGACAUGUGCGCCAUGAAAGCCACGAUGGACGAGACGCAAAAGAUGCAGACAGGCCAGGAAGGUCAAUUAAAAGAUCUCGCGGAGGAAACGGAGAACCUCAGUAGCCGACUCGUGCGGCUGGAGGUGGUUGAGAGCGACUUGAUGAAGACAGAGGAUCUGGCAAAAAGCUCAGAUUUGGAAGCGCCUUUGAAAGAGAAGAUCCAUCAACUUAUGGCCACCGAGGACCGGCUGUCCCAGUUGCAAGCCGAUUAUUCUGUCCUCCAGCAAAGGUUUCUGGAGGAGGAGGAGGGGAGGAAGAGCGCCAGCCAAGAGGCGGCCGACCUCAGGCGGGAACUAGAAGUUGGAAGGCGCUACGCUCGCAUCUCCAGGCCCGGCGUCAACAUAGGGAGGACGGCAGAAGCUCGCCUGGCAUCCACGGCCACGCAGACCGAUGCCCCGCCCGCAGCUUCUGCUGACGAUUUCAUUCGCCAGUCUGUCCUGGAGGAGAAACACCUCAUGACCCAGCUUAGGCAACACGAGCUCAAAAAGCCCGCCUUCCGAGAACGUCAUCUGCCCGGCAUAGCCGAACCCGAGGCCAUUGGGAUAGGAACAACCCCAAGCCGAGGUCACGCCCCUCAGGUGUCUGUCUCGCAGAAGCCAGGCCAGCCGCUUCACAUCCGGGUCACGCCCAAUCCCAACAACAGAACUGCUACCCUGGAGAUCACUGGCCCACGGGCCCGAGACUUCUUUUCCAGCUCUACAGUCAUCCCAACACUCGGCCUUCGCCCCCCUCACAUCACCAUCGUCCCGAAGAUCACUGCCAUCGCGGCAAAAGGCAAACCGCGCAACGUGGCUGAUCCGGUGCACUCCCCUGUUACCAUAACGACCAUCUCCACAAGCACAAGUCCCGACAAGAGUGACAGCCGCCCGGCACCGCUCUCCAUAGUCACGGUCAGCACUGGCCCAGCAGCCCGAGCUUCCCCCAAACUUCUGCCGGAACCUCUGCGCGGGGACACGGGUGGUUCCACCGCGGGUCCCGAUCAGCGAUCCGGCGCCGCCUCGGCUGCGCUUGUCAACUGCAACGUGGUCACGACGGAGGACAGGAAAAUUCACAUCCGCCUGAAGACCACCGACAGGCAGGACAGAGAACGUGUCCAGCCACUCUCAGCAAGGUCAAAGACCGAAGGUGGCAAAAUGAGCAGCAGCUUAAGCAUCACGCCCGUCGUGGCCGCCACGUGCAGGUCAAUGACCUCUGUGGGGAGAGUGCGGCCACAACUUUGAGCGCGCAAUCGCAGAGGUGGCAAAAGUAUUUUUUGCAUGUUGGUACCAAAAGUAUCGGUUCGCUAAUCCCAUUUCCUGAGUAGCUUCUCGGUCAUAAUGGUGGUCCCUUGGACAAAACCAGUUGCUUUAAAGUAACCCUCCCAAAUAUGAACGUACUUGUGUCUUAUUGAUGUACAGAGGUUAAAAUCGGGUGGCUAAAUACCAACAUUUUGUAGACUGUUUUGUGUACAUGUCCAUAGAUAAUUGUUGUGAGACAAUGCUGAUAGGAGUGAUUUUAUGGUUUAGAAAAUUGUCUGCUGCAGUUUGCCUUAAAUUCAAAUGGUGGUGCUAGUGUACCACAAAAGGUGUCACGUCUGAGUUCUGCCGCAUGCACACUGCAAGAUGGUAAUUUAGAUGUCUAGAACAUCUUCUGCGGAUCAUCAGAUGGAAUGCUCGUUUUUGUCUAUAUCUGACUUGGUCGUGCUCUACAGGCUGUGGCCAGUGAUUCAAUCCAGACCCCUGCAAAUUUUCCACAAUACAUUAUACUGACUGAUUUGUUUCAAUUGAAGUCAUAAAUCCAAAGAAAAUAUUGAACUGUGAACUACUGCGGUUGACAAGUUUCUGAUUUCCCCUGAGCUACCGAUUUAAUCAAGAUGCCUAGAAAUAAGAUAAUGGGAAACUUUUUAAUUGUUCAUUUUCGAUGAAGAAGAAAAACUUAAUUGUUCAUUUUAGAUGACUCAUUUAUUUUUAUCCAUCCUACACAUUAAAAAUUGCGCACACA